CGAAGGCUGUCACCCUGGGCCUAUAAAUUGCUACAACACCAUGAGCCUCUCCCCUUCAUCUCUAUGGUCAAUCUCUACCCACCAAUAUACCACGAGCUGCCUCUUCUGAAUCCAUGGAGAUCCCAACAUAUGCGUCACCUGCAUGGAGUCACCUCUUCACAUCUCCCCUUCUUUCCCCCUAUCACUUCAUCCCAGAAAACUAUGUCCAUUGGGCACAGACCCCGGAGUGCCACAUCUUCUCUGCUGAUCUUCCAGGUGUGAGGAAAGAGGAGAUAAGAGUGGAAGUUGAGGACUCGAGGUACCUGAUGAUAAGAACAGAAGCUGUGGAGGAGUCAAGAGAGCCUGCCAGGAGUUUCAUGAGGAAGUUCAGGCUCCCUAACAUGGUGGAUGUGAACGGGAUUUCUGCUGGGUACGAGGAUGGGGUCUUGACUGUCAAGGUGCCAAGGUCUCUUGCCAGGAGGGGUUUCCUUAUUGACCCAGCUGAUGUGCCCGAGAGACUUGAGGUUCUUGCUAGGGCAGCUUGAAAUUUAUCCAAAAAAGGUUGUCUCUAGCGAAUGAUGUUGUGUUAGGUUUCUUGGGUCGAUGGAUUUGAUUCUUAGGACAUUUUUCUGGGAUUGCUGGGUUGUACAAAAUUUGAUUGGCAUGAAAUGGAAAACUUGAACUCUGUUCUUCUUAA